AUGUCAUUUUUCUCAGGCGUGAAAGAGAAGACUUUGGAAGUUAGUGUUUUUCUGCAUCUUAUCUACACAAUAGCUUCUGCAAUUAUGGAUAUUAGGAGACGGACAACUUACCUAUCUCGAGGUGCCGAUGGCCGACCGUCACACAUCAGUUCAUUUUUCCAGUCAGCUCAGAAAAAGUACUGCAAUGCAGACCCCGAUAGUGGUAUUCGCCUUGUCGGACCAAUGUUUGAACUUACUGCAUGUGUGGAACUUAAAGGAGAUGAAGAAGAUUUUGAAAGUAUGUAUCCAGAUACAUCUCUUUCAUUCGGUCCAACUAUCUGUUCCUUUGGUCUAAAAUAUAAUGAUCAUAACUAUGCUCUUCCAUCAGGUUUGACACCUCCAUCAAUGGCUCCUCAUUUAAUGGAUCUACAAAUACCUAAAAAUAAAUUUGGAGAUACAAAAACAAGCAGUUUAUACUCUAAGAAUCUAUUUAAUCAAAAAUUGAACUCUAAAAUAGAAGUUGAUGAUUUUACUCAAAGAUAUGGUAUUGACAAGCGUUUUGAAAAGCACAAUUCAUUGAAUGUUAAACGCUCAGCUUUUGAUGGAAGUGGUGCAUUCAAUAACGAUGGUAGAAAACAUUCUGGUGGACCAUGGUACUCUAAAUCUACAGAUUCAGAAGACAAAACAUUAGUUGAUGUCGGUUCAAAAGACCAGUAUAUGACUUCUCGUCUCGGUUCACAAAUCUCUAAUUAUGAACAUAUGGAAUUACGUUGUGAACCUGAGUUAAAAGUCAUCGAAGUACCGGAAGAACUCGCAGUUUCACCCUCUCAGUUAAGUGAUUUGGAUAGUGAUACAUCAGACGCUGAAUAUGUGACUAAGGUUGCUAUUCCCACCUCUGAAGGAUCAACAGUCGAUAACACCGGGAAUAACGUUUGGGCUGAUGUUCGUUGUGUGUGUGGUCACUCUGCACCGAAAUCUGGAUUUAUUCGGUGUCCUAAAUGCAGUACUUGUCAACAUGUUGAGUGUAUGGAGUCAUAUUAUAACGUGACUAUGCCUAGAUUAAGUGAUGGAUAUACAUGUAAUCUGUGUGGCAUUGAAACUACUGAAUAUCAAACAUCAUCUAAUCAAUCAACGGAUAUCAUAUUAAACAACAACAACAACAACACUACUGACAUAGAUAAAGAUUCUAUUGGUGUAACUGAUGAUCCUGCAAGUUUUAUUGAUAGUGUUAAAAAUUCUACAGUUAAAUUGAAUACUUCUUCUGAGGGUAAUAUUGGUGCACAAUAUGUUGAAGUAGCUGUUGACAGAGCUAAACGAUUAGGUUUAUUAUCAAAUAAUUGUAAAUUGGAUAGUGAUAAUAGUCGAUUGAGUCAUUCUGUUGGAAAAGAACAUGAUAAUACUACGGGACGUCCUGGAUGGGCACCUGUGAAUUGGGAAAAACUGAAUGAAAUUUCUCGUGCUAAUCGCAGACAUCUUGGUGAUACAGAUGUCAAUCUAAGAAUGCCUUCUCCUCCUAGAGCAUCCAAGCGGAAACAAGACCUAACUUCUACUUCAUAUAAUGACGCAGAAGUUGCACCAGUCGAUUCAUCACCUGACAAAACUUCUAAUAGUGCUUUUAUACUGCCGAACAGUGGUGAUGAAUUUUCCUCUGCAGAUGUAACACCUUCCACUACUCCAUCGAAUACUCCCAUGAAAUCAGGGUCCACUUUAUCACUUACUCCUGUCACUCCAGGUAGUACAUCUGGUGGUACUCUUACUCCUCGUUCGGGAUAUGGUAGUUCACCAGGUGUAGAAGGUACUCCACGUCGUCAUAGACUGGGUACUGAACGCUCAAGUAAUAAAGUUAAAAGAGUACUGUUUUCUGAUAGUUCCGUUUCAAAUAAACGUCGUUUUGAUGCUCGAACCAACCCUCUUGGAGCAGCAUGGGCAAAAGAUUAUCAAGAAGCUGAGAGCAAUGUAUAUACUAAAGCUCUACUAGAACGUGUAAAUAAUAGAAUAUCUACUAAUGUUGAACGGAAUCAUAAAAUCCCCCCAACAUGUUUAACUCGAAGUUCACUCUGUCGUGUAGUUCUCUUCGACCAUAAUGAUAAGGGUUUAGAAGCAUCCAUUAGAUUAGCGCCAAAUGAAGUUGUAACUGAAGUUCGUGGUCAUUUUUUACUCAUGGAAGAAUAUGAACAUUAUGUGGAUCCUGUUUCUGAUUACAAUCGUUAUGUUAUGUUCUAUCGAGCAUUCGGUGAUCGCGUGGUUGUUGUCGAUGCUAGUCAAUAUGGGAAUAGUGCACGAUUUGUUCGACGUUCAUGUAUUCCAAAUUGUAGACUUGAACACUAUGUUGUACAAAGCAAACUUCAAAUUGUAAUACGUACAUCAUGGAAUGGUUCCAACUUAGAUUAUAGUAAAUAUAUUGAAUCACAACUUCGUGUACUAUCAAAACCCUUAUCCCAAGACAGUUCAACUAAUCGAUCCUAUGAUUCAGGUAGUUUAACAUCAUCUCCUCUUGUAAAGACAUCUAUCUCAUCAAAUAUUGUCAAUCAAUCAACUAAUCUUUCUUCAAAUGUAAAUUAUAAUCUUUAUCCUAUAAAAUGUAAUUUUCGUAAAGAAAUUGAAUUACCUUACCCUGACUAUAAUCUUAAUGAUGAAGAUAAAUUGAAUGAAACAUCAAUAGAUUUAGAUAAAACUUGUUCUAAUCAAAAUUAUACAACAACAAAUUGUACAUCAUCAUCAUCAACAUCAUCAUCAUCUAUUGUUAUAAAUAAUCAAUAUAAAAGUAUUGAAAAGACUAAUAUAGAUUAUGAUAACUUAAAGAAUAAUAAUUUUGUAACAGAUGAAAAUCAAAUACCUAAGACAUCUGAAUCUACUAAUACAUUAAUUGAAAUCAAUUCAAAAAUAUCUUUACAACAUAUAAAAGAUGUUUCAUAUCGAAAAAAUCAAAAUGUAACCGAAGAGAAAUCGCCUUUUGAACCUAUUAUUACAACAAGAAGACAAGCUGCUGCAGCUAUGAAAAGUGUCUUGAGAUGA